GAUUAUCGAAGAACUGGUAAAGAGUCAUCGUCUAUUCAAUCUUGAAAUUUGCAGUGCGUUUGAAACUAUAAGAGGAAAAGCUACGAAUAUUCCCGAUACUACCAAAGAGUUACUCGAAUUAGGCGAAUACAUGAUAAUGGCCGCGUCAACGUUAAUGAGAUCAUUGGAAGAGAAGAUCGCUCUUUCGUUGCGUAUGAUGGCGUCUCUAAUUGAAAUGACAACUCUAACUAAAGACCACAUCGAGUUAAAUAACACCACUAUUCAUUGGUUGAAGCGAAUUAGGCCAAUAUUCGAACAAAACAGCGCCAUGUACGAACAUAUAAAAUUCCAGUUGGAGGAAAAACUCCAAAACAGAAACGAAGUUUUGAACAGAGAUGUUGAAAAUAUGUUUCCCAGAUUGGAUAUAAUGAACGACAUGGACGACGCAAAACGGAUAAGCGAGUACAUAGAGUUCAUGCGAAAAUUCGCUCGCGAGUUGGAGCGUAUAGACGACAGGAUAAAGUCGAUUAAUGACGAAGAGAGCCUAUUCCAGUAUCCCUUAUCGGAAUAUCCUCGCAUCAAGGAACUGAAAGAAAACAUAAUGCCGUAUUACGAUUUAAUUUAUCGCUGUUAUCGCUGGCAGAGACACCGUGACGUCUGGCUGGAUGGCCCCUUCGAAUACUUGGACUCGAACGACAUCGACAACAAGACGACAGAGUACUUUGGGGAGUUCAAUAAGAUCAGCAAACAGUACAGGACGAGAAUAAAAAUGGAACUCGCGAUUAGCUAUCCCUACGGUUUCAUAGGAUCGCCAGAUGAUCCUGAUCCGUUUCAACAGCCUGCGCCUCUGAAACUAAGUUACCAACUCAUCGAGGACAUUAAAUGGUUUAAGUCGUAUAUACCAUUGCUGACCGUUUUCCGAAAUCCCGCGCUGAGACAAAUCCAUUGGGACGACAUGUCGUCUAUAGCUGGAUUCGACCUCACCCCCGACGCUGGAACAACCUUUCGAAAAAUCAUAAACAUGGACCUGAUGGAAAAUUUGGAAAAGUACGAGAUGAUAAGCACAAGCGCAACGAAGGAACAGAUGCUCGAGGAGUCUCUGGCAAAGAUGAUCAGCGAGUGGGACGGCGUGUUGUUCACCACUGUCCUGUACAAAGACACCGGAGUGAACAUCUUGGCGCAAUUGGACGAUAUUCAAAGCCUCUUAGAGGAUCACAUCGUCAAAGUCCAAGCGAUGCGUGGCUCCGCGUUCGUCAAGCUAAUCGAGGAGGAAGUUAAAAAUUUUUACUCUCUCUUACUUCGAAUACAAUCGACGAUCGAGGAAUGGACCAAAGUACAAGUACAGUGGAUUUACCUGCUGCCCAUCUUCUCGAGCAAGGAUAUCGUGGCGCAAUUGCCCGAGGAGGAGGUUCUGUUCGUUCAGGUGGAUCGAAUAUAUCGCAGCGCGAUGAACGGCGUUGCCAAGGAUCCUCGAGUUCGAGAAACCGCGGGCUCUGUGGGCCUCUUAGAAAUCAUGGUGGAAGCCAACACAUUAAUGGAGAAAGUUAACGACGGGGUGUUGAAUUAUUUAGAGAAGAAGAGGCUCUUCUUUCCAAGAUUCUUCUUCCUAAGCAACGACGACAUGCUCGAGAUCCUGUCGGAGACGAAGGAACCGCUUCGUGUCCAACCACAUCUUCGAAAAUUGUUCGAAGGGAUAAAUAGACUAGGAUUCAACCCUGAAAUGGAGAUAUAUUCCAUGUUUAGCGAGGACUUCGAAGAAGUCAACAUGCAAGACACGAUCUCAACAGCUGCGGCGAGAGGCUGCGUAGAACGGUGGCUCAUUCAGGUCGAGGAACAAAUGGUGAACUCUAUAAGGCACGAAAUUCGUAUGAGUUACUUGGACUACGAAGUAAACCAGCGAGUAGUAUGGGUACGGAUAUGGCCAGGCAUGGUCGUCCUGUGCGUUUCCCAAAUCUACUGGAGCAUGCAAGUUCAAAACGCUCUGAUGACGCAUAUCCCGUCGACGAUAGAAGCGCUCUACAAAAAAUUGCAGUCACAGAUACUAGAGAUGGUCGAACUGGUUCGAGGCCACCUUUCGAAGCAGAAUCGUACCACGUUGAACGCUCUGAUUACCCUCGACGUGCAUGCCAUGGACGUCGUCAAGUCCUUGAUCGACAAUAAAAUAACGAACGAGAUGGACUUCGAGUGGUUGGCGCAGUUGCGAUAUUAUUGGGAAGACGACGUGUUCGUCAGAAUUAUAUACACAACGGUGUCGUACGCGUACGAGUAUAUCGGAAAUUGUUCUCGUCUCGUCAUUACACCUCUGACGGAUAGAUGCUAUCGCACGUUGAUUGGAGCUUACUCUCUGCACCUGAACGGAGCACCAGAGGGUCCAGCAGGCACAGGGAAAACCGAAACGACAAAAGACUUGAGCCGAGCGAUAGCCGUGCAAUGCGUGGUGUUCAAUUGCUCCGAGGGUUUGGACUACAAGAACAUGGGUAAAUUCUUCAAAGGUCUCGCCUCGUGCGGAGCGUGGUCCUGCUUCGACGAGUUCAACAGAAUCGAGCUGGAAGUGCUGUCCGUGGUAGCGCAACAGAUUCUCUGCAUCAUCCAAGCGGUGCGCGCAAAAAUGGAGACAUUCCUGUUCGAGGGCACGGAAUUGACGCUGAACCCAGCCGUCUACGUUUGCAUCACGAUGAAUCCUGGUUACGCGGGUCGCACAGAGUUACCGGACAAUCUCAAAGUUCUCUUUCGAACGGUGGCGAUGAUGGUGCCCGAUUACGCCAUGAUCGCAGAGAUCUUUCUCUAUUCGUCGGGCUUCUCCACCGGCCGCGAGCUCUCCACGAAGAUCGUUACCACCUAUAAACUCUGCUCGGAGCAGCUGUCCACGCAGUCUCACUACGACUACGGGAUGCGAGCCGUGAAAACUGUCUUAACAGCCGCGCAGAACAUCAAACUUCAAUUCCCCGACGAGAACGAGUCGGUGCUUCUACUCAGAUCAGUGAUCGACGUGAAUCUACCGAAAUUCCUGGCUCACGACGUUCCAUUGUUCCAAGGCAUCGUCUCGGACUUGUUCCCAGGCUUGGAGCUUCCGUCACCUAGUUACGACGUGCUCCUGAGAGCUGUCCGUCAAGUUGCGGCGGAACGAAACCUGCAACCGGUCGACGGUUUCCUUCUGAAGAUUAUACAGACGUUUGAAAUGAUGAUCGUGCGACAUGGGUUCAUGUUGGUCGGAGAGCCCUUCGGUGGGAAGACGAUGGCCCUGUACACGCUGGCCGAAGCCUUAACGUUGAUGCACCAGUGGGGCGAUGAAAACGGAGCCGUGACCAAGUACUUCACGAUCAAUCCUAAAUCCAUCACUCUGGGACAAUUAUAUGGAUUCUUCGAUCCAGUGUCCUCCGAGUGGACGGACGGAAUAUGCGCUGUCGCGUUUCGAAAUUACUCCACCGAGGAAACGACGGACAGAAAAUGGAUCAUCUUCGACGGACCCGUCGACGCCAUGUGGAUCGAGAACCUGAACACGGUCCUGGACGACAACAAGAAGCUCUGCCUGACUUCUGGCGAGGUGAUGCAGAUGUCCAACGAGAUGUCGAUGAUCUUCGAGGCGAUGGACCUUCUGCACGCGUCUCCAGCUACAGUGUCACGCUGCGGGAUGAUCUACAUAGAGCCUAGAGUUCUCGGUUGGCAUCCGUUCUUUCGUUCCUGGCUGAACGAUCUAAGCCCAGAGUGGACCGAGGGCUACGAGGAGAACAUCCGGGAACUCUUCCAAUGGCUGAUUGACCCUUGCUUGGAAUUCAUACGGAAAAGUUGUCGCGCGACUGUAACUGCUGGCCAGAUUCAUCAGGUCGUAUCGACGAUGAGUCUCUUCCAAAUGUUCAUGGAAGACGCCGUCAAGGAGAAUCCGAAAACCUUCGAGCAAUUCGUUCUGGCGUGGUUGCAGGCCACCAUGUUGCUGUCCAUGGUUUGGGGCGCUGGUGGCACCCUGGAUCACAGUUCCCGCGCAAAGUUCAACGCGUUUUAUUUAAGUCUGUGGAAGAACGAGCAGAAGGAACAUCCGCUGCCAGAGUUUCUCGUCGAGGGCUUGAUCUCCCUUCCAACGGACGAAUUGAUACACGAUUGCUUCUACACCUAUCGAGGGAGGGGUGCUUGGAGGAGAUAUGCGGACGCCGCCAGGCAGGAAGAGUUGCUGGAAACCAGCAGCCUAGUCCAGAUAAUAAUACCGACCAUAGACACCGUCAAGUAUCAAAGCCUGUUUCUAAAACAUAUACAGCAUCGCAAACGGUUUCUUUUAUAUGGAGAGACAGGCACUGGGAAGAGUGUCUACAUCAAAGACCUCAUCAUGAACAAACUGAGCGAGGACGAGUACUUGCCUAAUUUCAUCACAUUUACGCCGCAGAUAACCGCCGCGCAAACGCAGGAGUUGGUUGUGCUGAAGCUGUACAGGAGACGCAGAACCAAGUUCGGUCCACUUCCCGGUACCCACUGCGUCGUGUUCAUCGACGACGUGAACAUGCCUGCGAAGGAGAUGUAUGGUUCCCAGCCACCGAUCGAGCUCCUGCGUCAGUUCUUCGAUCACAAGCUUUGGUUCGAUCUGAAACAGCCAGAGAUCAUACGCGUGUACGACACGAUGUUCGUAUGCGCCAUGGCACCGCCCGGCGGAAGUAGGCAGGAGCUGUACCAGAGGUUUCUCAGACACUUCCACUUGUUCAGUAUCAGCAACUUCUCAGAGGACACCAUAGUCAGAAUCUUCACUACGAUCGCGUUCAUAGGGUUGCAACGGAACGGCUUCACCACGGCGGUGAUGCCUACUAUCAUAGAGAUCGUGGCUGCCACAAUGAACGUCUACAGAAACGCUCAGAUGGAGCUGAGACCAACGCCGACAAAGUCUCAUUAUCUCUUCAAUUUGCGCGAUUUCUCGCGCGUGAUAACCGGCUGCGCGAUGAUCAGAGAGGAGUCCGUCGAGUCGAAGACCGAUUUCACGAAGCUGUGGGUACACGAGAUCCUGAGGGUCUUUGGGGAUCGAUUGAUCGACAAGCCUGACCGACGUUGGCUUUACCUCAAGAUCAAAGAGGUAGUCGAUCGGAUCCUGAAGGAGUCGUUCGACACGGUGUUCGACUACCUGCCGAAAUUCGACGAACAUUUGACAGAGGAGAGUCUGCAGAGUCUCAUAUUCGGCAACUUCAUGGACGUCGACACGAUUCCCGUCGAUCGUCGAUACGAGGAGGUGAAGUCGACGGACGAGUACUUGGAGGUCGCGAUCUCCUGCUUGGAGGACUACAAUCUCACGCACAGGCACAAGAUGGACAUCGUCCUGUUUCGUUACGCCCUCGAACAUCUAGCGAGAGUUUGUCGUAUACUGGUGAUCCCUUGCGGUAGCCUGCUGAUGGUCGGCGUGGGUGGAUCUGGUAGACAAUCGCUGACGAGACUGGCGGCCAGCAUGGUCGGUCAUGGUCUCUUUCAGCCGGAAAUCGGCAGCGCGUAUGGCUUGCAAGAAUGGAGGGACGAUAUAAAAAAGGUGCUCAUGAACUCCGGUGGCGUAGGAAAGGAUCACGUUUUCCUUUUCACCGAGGGCCAAAUCAAGGACGAGAUCUUUCUGAUCGACAUCGACAGUCUGCUGAACUCCGGCGAGGUGCCCAACCUGUUCACCGUGGAGGAGAGGCAAGAGAUCAUCGAGACAACGCGGCUGGCUGCGCAAGGUGGCAAUCGCAACUUGGACAUAUCGGUCGAGGCAGUUCUUGCGUACUUCGUGAACCGUUGCAAGGAGAAGUUGCACGUGAUGCUGUGCUUCAGUCCUAUCGGUGCCACGUUCAGGAACAGGCUGCGUCUCUACCCGAGCCUCGUCAACUGUUGCACCAUCGAUUGGUUCGACGUCUGGCCGGAGGAUGCUCUCGAGCAAGUGGCUUUGCGCAGCACCACCGACAUCAACAUCGACGAAGCUGUGAAGAUCAACGCGGUGGCCGCCAGCAAGUUCUUCCACAUUUGCGCCAAAGACAUCAGCGUUCGAUUUUAUAACGUCACUGGCAGACAAACUUACAUCACGACCGCCGGCUUCUUGGAUCUUAUACGGACUUACGCGGAACUCAUCAAAGAGAAGCAAGAGGAACUUACGCUUGCUAGAGACCGCUACAUCAACGGACUGGACAAGCUAGAGUACGCAGCUAAGCAAAUUGGUCAGAUGCGAGUGACGCUGUCGGGGCUGAGGCCGCAGCUCGAGGCAUCUGCAAAAGAAACGGCUGAGACCAUGAGGAAGAUCGAGACCGAGAACGUAAGCGUCGAAAAAGCGAGGAUUCUGGUCAAGAGGGACGAAGACGUUGCGAACGUCCAAGCUGAAGUUGCGAUGAAUCUGAAAACGGAGUGCGAGGCAGACCUGGCGGAAGCUCUACCAGCUCUGGAAGACGCGAUAGCGGCUCUAAAUACGUUGAAGCCCGCCGACAUAGCAGUCGUAAGAACGAUGAGAAGUCCCCCUGCGGGAGUGAGACUCGUGAUGGCUGCCGUUUGCGUCAUGCUGGAUAUACCACCCGCUAAAAUCGAAGAUCCAAACACUGGCAAGAAGGUCCUGGACUACUGGGGUCCGAGCAAACGUUUGUUAGGCGACAUGAAAUUUUUGGAAACCUUGCGACAAUACGACAAAGAUAACAUUCCCGAACACAUAAUGCAGGAAAUUAAAACAACGUACAUGACGGACAAAAACUUCGAGCCGAAGGUCGUAGCAAGGGCCUCGUCGGCUGCUGAGGGCCUCUGCAAAUGGGUGAGAGCGAUGGUUCUGUACGAUGCAGUCGCAAAGGUAGUUGCCCCGAAGAAAGCAAAACUGGAUGCCGCGCAACGCGACUACGAGAACACCGUCAAGUUUCUGAACGAGAGACGUGAAAUGCUCGUAGAGCUGACAGAGAAACUAGCCGUUCUCAACGAAAAUCUGCAAAUAACACUCGCGAAGAAAAUCGAGUUGGAAACAGAGGUGACGAACUGUAGGAACAAGCUGAUGCGAGCAGAGAAAUUAAUCAGCGGGUUAGGAGGCGAGAAGGAUCGCUGGAUGGCGGCUGCAGCGAGUUUACAAGAAUCCUACGACACCCUGCCUGGCGAUAUUUUAAUUUCUUGCGGCAUGAUAGCGUACCUGGGACCGUUCACGUCAACCUAUCGUGUCGAGAGUUUGGACAAGUGGAAGACGUACGUGAAGAACUUGAAAAUACCGUGCUCGGACAAUUACGACUUCCUCGAGGUCCUGGGAUCCGAGAUAAAGAUCAAUUCUUGGAAUAUUCACGGUUUACCGCGAGACUCCUUCUCCACGGAGAACGCUAUCAUUAUGGACAACUCAAAGAGGUGGAGUUUGUUCAUCGAUCCUCAAAGCCAGGCGAAUAAAUGGAUUCGCAACAUGGAGAAACAAAACGAGCUUGAAAUCGUCAAGUUGACGGAUGAUGGAUACAUGAACAUCAUAGAGCAGGCUCUGGAGUAUGGCAAACCGGUGCUCAUCGAAAACGUUCUCGAAGAGCUAGUGGCGCCUCUCGAUCCUAUACUAAUGAAAUCUAUAUACAAAAUGGCUGGUUUGUGGUUCAUCACGCUAGGCGAGAAGGUAAUCGAAUAUAGCCUGCGUUUCAGACUGUACAUCACGACGAAGCUGCGAAAUCCACAUUAUCUACCCGAGGUUUUCAACAAAGUGACGUUGAUCAAUUUCGCCUUGACCAUAAGCGGCCUGGAGGAUCAGCUGUUGGGCAUAGUAGUCGCGAAGGAAAGGCCGGAUUUGCAAGAGAAGCGAGAAUACCUAAUCGUUCAGAGCGCAGCGAAUAAAAAGGCCCUGAAGCAAGUAGAGGACAACAUCCUGAAGACAUUAUCGGCGUCCGGUGCUAGUAUUUUAGAGGACGAAGAAGCGAUUGAGAUUCUCGACUCUUCCAAGAUUCUGUCCAUAGACAUACUGAAGAAGCAAUCAGCCGCGAAGAAGACGGAAACGCAGAUCGAAGGGUUCCGACAGAAUUAUAAACCCAUCGCUAAACACAGCUCUGCCCUUUACUACACCAUCACCGAUUUACCCAACAUCGAUCCGAUGUAUCAGUACUCGUUGACGUGGUUCAUCAAUUUAUACGUCAAUUCCAUCGAAACCGCGAACAGAAGUAAAAUUCUAGAGAGGAGACUCAUGUUUCUGCGAGAAACUUUCACUUACACGCUGUACCAAAACGUGUGCAGAUCGUUGUUCGAAAAGGACAAGGUCUUGUACUCCUUCGUCUUGUACACGACGAUCCUGCUAACGGAGAACGCGAUCACGAAAGAAGAGAUGACAUUCUUUCUGUCUGGAGGCGUCACUUUGGCUGCAACCCCAAGCAAUCCAGCGGCCUCUUGGCUAUCAGAUAAAUCGUGGGGUGAAAUUUGCAGGGUGCACGUUCUACCGAGCUUCGCGGAUUUUCAAAGGAGCUUCCUUCGAAACAUGACCGCCUGGAAGAAGUAUUACGACUUAUUGGAUCCGGAGAACUCGCCCAUACCAGAUCCGUGGGAAAAGACUCUGACGCCGUUUCAGAAGUUGAUCGUUGUGAGAAUGAUCAGAACCGACAAAGUGAUGAUCACGAUACAACGAUUCGUCGAAGCUGGAAUGGGCCUCCAUUUCGUCGUACCUCCGCCUUUCGACAUCUCUAAAUCGUUCGCGGAUUCGAGUUUCUUGGUGCCACUGAUAUUCAUCCUAUCCCCUGGCUCCGAUCCUAUGGAGGCGCUAACAAAGUUCGCGGACAGCAUGAACUUCACGGAGAAGUUCCAUUCGAUCUCCCUGGGUCAGGGUCAAGGACCCAUCGCUCAGAAGCUAAUCGACAGAGGACAGAGCGACGGCGAGUGGGUCUGCUUGCAAAACUGUCACCUAGCGGCUUCGUGGAUGCCCACGUUGGAGUCCAUCUGCGAACACUUUGAUCCUUCGAACACCCACUCCCACUUCCGUCUGUGGCUCACCAGCUACCCCUCGGAACAGUUUCCUAUCACAAUCCUUCAAAACGGUGUCAAAAUGACCAACGAACCUCCCACUGGAUUGCAGAAUAAUAUCAUGAGGUCGUAUAAAUCUGAAGCAGCUAGGGACCCGAACUUCUUCGACAGAGACCCGAAGAAGAAGAGAGCGUACUCGAAGUUACUUUACGCGUUGUGUUUCUUCCACGCUGUGGUCCAGGAAAGACGAAAUUACGGAUCGCAGGGUUGGAACAUACAAUACGGUUUCAAUGAAUCGGAUCUUCAAAUAUCUGCCCAACAGCUUCAAUUGUACAUAAACGACUACGAGGAGGUUCCCUUCAAAGCCAUCAAGUAUCUAACAGGAGAGUGCAAUUACGGCGGCAGGGUCACCGACGACAGAGAUCGAAGAUGCUUGAUCACGAUAUUGCAAGAUUUUUUCAACGAGGACGUCAUCACGAAUCCUAACUACUCUUUCGCGGACGUUGGUCCGGAAUACACUCUGCCGAAACGACACGAAUACGAAGACUACAUCAAGCAGAUCGAAGGAAUCCCCUUGUAUCCAUCGCCAGAGACGCUAGGGCUGCACAUGAACGCGGGAAUAACGCGAAAUCUCGAACUGACGAACGAUUUUUUCCAGUCGAUGAUGAUGAUUCAGGGAACGGUGGCGGUAGGAGACACCUCUAAGCAGGACGAGAUCCUGCUGAACAUGAAGAAGGAUAUAUACGAUAAAAUGCCGCACCUGUAUGACAUCGAGGAGGCGCAGAAACGAUAUCCAGUCAUGUACAUGGAAUCCAUGAACACGGUACUGAUACAAGAGCUGGAGAGGUACAACACUCUUCUAAACGAAAUUCGAAAUUCCCUCGACCUGCUCGAGAAAGCUGUCGAUGGACUGAUAGUGAUGACUCCCGGACUCGAGGUUCUAGCUCAUCACAUACUGAGUGCAAGACUACCACCAUCUUGGAUAAAAGCGUGUGCCUAUCCAACCUUGAAACCACUAUCAGCCUUCGUCAAGGACUUUCUGGAUCGACUGAACUUCUUCCAGAAAUGGUUGACGGAGGGGAUACCGCAAACUUUCUGGAUAUCUGGAUUUUCGUUCGCGCACGCCUUCCUCACAGCGACCACGCAAAACUUUGCUAGGAAGUACAAGAUACCCAUCGACAGGCUAGAUUUCGAUUUCAAGGUACUUCCCACGUACCAGACAAAUACGUCACCAACGGAUGGUGUUUACGUCUAUGGAAUGUUUCUGGCUGGCGCGAGAUGGGACAUGCCGAGCAUGCUGCUCGAAGAAAGCUACCCGAAAAUUCUCUGGGACCCCAUGCCGAUCGUUUGGAUGAUACCAUCCCAUGUGGAUACUCUUUACGUAGGGAAACGAUACGAAUGCCCCCUUUACAUCACUUCCGCGCGUUAUGGUAUUUUAAAGACCACUGGACACUCGACGAAUUACGUGUUGUCAUUUCUUUUGGACACGAAACAUCCCGUCAGUCAUUGGAUCAAAAGGGGACUAGCUCUACUCUGUCAGUUGGAUAAUUAAAUAACUAUCGCGUUAUUAAUUCUUUAAGCGUGUAAUGGAGAAUCUCAGCUCGGGAACUAUUGUCCAUUCAACGUGAAUGUCGUAUUUUCAUUUGCAUCGAGUAAUUUUCUUUAUUAUAAUUAGACUGCGGAUCUUUAUGCAUUUAUAGGAAAUUUGAAUGUCCAAAACCCUACAGAAUGCAAACAAUAUAUAAAAAUAUACAAAAAUGUACAAAAAAUUGAAAGUAAAGUUCAUGUUAUAAUAUUUACAGAAUAAAAUAGAUUCCUAUUUAGGCCCAUUCAAUUUUUGUAGGCACGUUCGCGAAUAUUUUAUUUUGGAUAAAGAUCCGCAGUUUAAUUAUAAUAUAUAGAGUGACUUUUAAAGCUGAUAG